AUGCUCUGCCAACCAACCAUGCUGCUAGGUGGCCUCCUCCUGCUGGCCACCAUGACCACAGCCCGGCAGAGAGGGUCAGCCGGUGGGCGCCGCAAUAUUUACCGGGUCCAGCACGGCCAGUGCAGUUACACCUUUGUGUUGCCGGAGCCUGAUCUCUGCCAGCUGGUGCCUGUGGCACCUGAGACCAACAGCCUCCAGGGGGACUUGCCUGCCUCCAGGCUGCCCCCAGCAGACUUGAGAGCCCAGCGGGCCCAGCGUGUGAGCCAGCUGGAGAAGAUACUAGCGAAUAACACGCAGUGGCUGCUGAAGCUGGAGAAGUCCAUCCUGAGGAGUUUGAGGUCAAACCUGGUGCAGGCCGAACAGCACACAGUCCCGAACCAGACAAGCACCGUGCUAGCACCGGGUGCCGACGUCGUGAACCAGACCCACAAGUUGACUUCUGUGGAGGCCCAGGUCCCAAACCAGACAUCACACAUAACGCUGGAGAACUCACUGACCACCAACAAGCUGGAAAGACAGGUGCUGAUGCAGAGCCAAGAUCUGCAGCGGCUACAAAGUCGCAACAGGGCACUGGAGAGCAGGCUGCAGGCUUUGGAAGCUCAGCACGAGGCCCAGAUGAACAGCCUCCAAGACAAGAGGGAACAACUGCAGAACCUCCUCGGCCGGCAGACAGGGACCCUGACUAAACUAAAGAACAACCUGCAGGCCCUCAUUAGCAACUCCAGCUCCCUGCAGCAGCAGCAGCAGCAGCUGAUGGAGUUAGUACAACGCUUGGCCCGCAUUGUAGCCCAGAACCAGCGCACUGUCUCCUUAAAGGUCCCUAAGCAGCUGUUCCAGGACUGUGCAGAGAUCAAGCGCUCCGGGACCAACGCCAGCGGCGUCUACACCAUCCAUGUGGCCAACAUGACAAAGCCUCUCAAGGUGUUUUGUGACAUGGAGACUGAUGGAGGCGGCUGGACUCUCAUCCAGCGCAGGCAGGAUGGAAGCAUGAGUUUCCAGAAGACCUGGGAAGAAUACAAAGAGGGCUUUGGUAACGUGGCUAGAGAGUACUGGCUGGGCAACGAGGCUGUUCACCACCUCACCAGCAGGACGGCCUAUUUGCUGCGUGUGGAGCUACGUGACUGGGAAGGCCUCCAGACCUCCAUUGAGUAUGAGCAUUUCCAGCUGGGCAGUGAGAGGCAGCGGUACAGCUUCUCUGUAAAUGCAAGCAGCAGCUCAUCAGGGUUCAAGAACAGCCUGGCUCCGCAGGGCACCAAGUUCAGCACCAGCGACAUGGACAAUGAUAACUGCAUGUGCAAAUGUGCUCAGAUGAUGUCUGGAGGGUGGUGGUUUGAUGCCUGUGGCCUCUCCAACCUCAAUGGGAUCUACUAUCCAGUUCGUCAACACUUGCACAAACUCAAUGGCAUCCGCUGGCACUACUUCCGGGGCCCCAGCUACUCAUUGCAAGGCACACGCAUGAUGCUGCGGCCAAUGGGUGCCUGACACACAGCCCUGCAGAGACUGAUGCCAUGGGAGGACACUCAACCCAAAUGGCUCUGUGCAAGCUUGGCCCCGCCCAGAAAUCA